UUAAAUUUUGUUUUCCAUCGAUUGUUUGGUCUCGCACUUGUCAGCAACUGUUAAAAAUACAAAAUAAUGCGCAAUGCCAAGUACGAAAAAGAAAGGAAAAGUUGCAAGGUCGGCAAAGAGAUCUAAAAAGAGAGGUCCUAAGGAAGAUGUGAAAUCCUCAACCAGUCUCCCUCCUGCAGUGGAAGGUCCACUCCGAUGUUUUCUUAGGGUAGCCAUCACCAAGGUAACAUGGACCACGCCCAAGCUUCCUGAAUCUACCCAUGUCAGGUUGAGAUGGUGGGGAGAAACAUCCAGUGGAACAAUUUUCAGGCCUGUAGAUGGCAAGAACCAAGGGAAAGCUGAGAGUCAGACUGUUGCUCGAUUUCCAAUAAGAUGUGGACCAAAGCAAUUUACAGCUUAUCUCAGCGAUAUGGGUAGUGUGAGUGUAGAUGUCCUUCGAGGUUCUUCUAUGGUUGUUGCAGGUAGAGCUCAGGUCAAUGAGAUCAGUGUCAUGUCACCACAAAAACCAAUCAGUGGGACAUAUCCAGUAUUUUCAGUGAAAGAUUCCCAGAAAAUUGCAGAGGUACAGAUUGCUAUGAUGUUUGAACCUCUUAUAACAUCUUAUGAUAGUUCCAGUUCGCUCCCAACAACUGAUGCUAGUAUGAUGGCCCCCUCUAGGCCUACCGAUCAGGACAGUGUCCGAUCUAAGACAUCUCAUCGUUCCACCUCAUCCCAUGCUUCCUCUAGAUCAGGUAUGAAGAAGAAGAUAUUUCCUGGUUCAAGCUCUACAGAGGGCCCAUUCACAUCAGGCAAUUCUAAGGUUCACUCUGAUGCAGCAUCUAGGGAUCUUGAGUCUGAUUACAGCCCUGGUAUUGGUCAUUUAUCAAAACCAUUAUCUCAGAGAAGUCACAUGAUGCCAUUGGAUGCCAAACAAGACCUAUCUAGGAAACCACUAUCAACCUUACCAAUCACAAACAACACUAGAUCACUACCCACUCAUCAAAUGGGCAACACUGUCCCAGACAAAUUGAAUCCAGAUCUCAUAUCAGCCUUGCUUGAUAGAGGCAAGAAGCUGAGAGAUGCUAUGAUCAAAGAAGAGUUAGGUCACCACUCGACAAGAAGGCAAGCGUCUGUAGGCCAGAGGACACAGGAUAAUGACGGGAGCGGAGUUGCUGAGGGGCAGAGGAAAUACAGAAGGAGAGGUUCAACUGGUGAACUCUUUCGUGAGCUCCUUCACGGAGAGCAAGAUGAAGUUCCGGUCAGGGAUGGUGACCCUAUUGUUGCCCUUGGAAACCUAGUGGAUGAAGAGGAUGAUGAAGAAGAUGCUGAUACAGAGAACAGAGCAGUAGAACUUCUUGUGGGAGAUGUGCUAAAUGUUAAGGAUCUUAAAAACCUAAAAGCUCUACAUCCGGGUGUUUCUCCUCCAGGGAGUGUAUCAUCUCACAGUGAUGAUGUCUAUAGUGAGGAGGAGGAUCCUCUUCAUGACAACAGCAUCCUGGAAGAACUCUUCUACAAAGGAGCCGCAAGCAGUAGUAAUGAGAGUCUGGCUGAUCUAUUAGACUCAGAUUCAAGUGAUGACAGUGAGCCUUACAAGGCAAAGAGAACCAAACAAGUGAAGACCGUGGAUACUGCAUCACCAAGACUGCCACAGGAAGAUGCCAGCAGUAAUGGUUACUUAGACCCUAAUAAAGAAGAUGAUGAUAACUCAAGGAGACAAAGAAUUGAGAUAGAGGAUGAGGAGGAGAGAGGUGAUACCAGCCAAUCAUUGAGUGAAUCAAGAACAACAGGGUCCUUAUCCUUUGCUUCAUCUCGUGAUGCUAGUCAUCAUCAUAAAGGUCAUAGUGAGACUGAUCCUGCCACUGGUCUGAGUGUAGAGAGACUGACACUUCUUGGACGUGUCCAUGUUGCUAGGGUAACCCUUGAUAAGCUUACUCUCCGAUCAGAACCAACCAGCCGGAUCCCUGUUCGGACAGGGAAGGGAGAAUCUAAAGGGAUCAAGGGCAAACCUCCAAGACCAUUAACACAGAAAAAGAUAACUUAUUUUGUGGAGUACCAGUUCCCAGUCAGUGAGGCAUCAAAUGGAAGGAAUGGAACAGCAACUGGCGCCAUGGCAACAGAACUGAUGCGAGUGGUCUCUAAGAAGGUGUCUGGCAAGGAAGUAAUCUUUGGACAUCGGUCAGUGUUUCCUGUCCAGUUUGAUGGUCAAGCAGUUGACCGAUGGUGGAAGCAACUCCUUGUAUUUAAGGUCUUCUCCAAGAUUGCAGGAGAUAAACAUCCAACAAUAUUGGGAGUAGCCAGUAUUCCUCUGAGGUCACUCAUCCAAAGUCCAGACCUAGUGACCAUCUCAGAUCUACCGGUCAAGGAUAAGACCUCUCCAUCUAGGACCAGUGACCAGGAUACCAGUCCAAAAGGAAACAUGAUUGGUGUUAUUUCAAUAAGUAUGGAGCUUGCAUCAGACAGUAAGGACUUUGCCUCUGCUCUCACUAAGACCAGAGUUGCCGAGAUGCAGGGUGCUAAGAUAGUACCUCUCCCCUCAUCUGACCGUAGGAUGGGGUUAACACAUCUCACAGGGCAUGCAUCACCACCAUCACAGCCAUCAUCCAGGCAUACUUCACCUAAAAGUCACCAGGCCAAAGAUGGAAGUCGGUAUAGAACAACUGGGAAGUCAUCGGCUGCUGUUCCAUUUGGUCAUCCAGGACCAGAUAUUGACAAUUUAGUAGGAGAAUAUGCUGAUGAUCAAACUAUCCAAUCUACCAAGAUGAACAAUAGGAAGACAUCUCCAAAACAGCAACAAGGCUUUGAGGCCCUAACUCUUCAUUCAUUGCUGUAUGUAAAAGAUGGUCAUCUGAAUUCCCCUAUCAUACCAGGACAUAGUAUGCCAAGACCUCAUCCUCAUCCUACUUUACAGUAUACUUCAGGAGGAAGAGACAGACUGGUGCAUAAUACCUACUUGGUUGGUCGUAUGUUCUGGUUGGAUGAUGCAGCUAGGUCUGAUGUGUGUUGGGGAACCACUCAACCAAACUUUGACUAUGUGCAGGUAUCUCCGGUGCUUCUGACCCAGUCACUCCUGGAGAGAAUGAGGAAUAAUUUCACUGUGAUUGAAGUCUGGGAUAAAAAGACAUCUGCUCAACAUGACCAGUUACUAGGUAUUGCCAAGCUCCCUUUACAUCAGCUUUACAUGUCGUAUAGAGACCAAAGAAUUGGCAAGACAUUGCUCAAGUCACAGUAUCCUGUUGUAGCUGUAGACAAUGAAAUACCAAUAAAUGACCCCUUCACUGGUCAGCGCUGUGGACAGCUGACCAUACUCCUAGCUCUAGGAUCACAGCAACAGGUAUCUGCUUUACAGAGGUUGAAAUCUAUUAGACGAGAUGCUACUGAUGUACCUGAGAGACCAGUGCACUAUGGAGAGAGAGCUAAUGUUCACACUGCUGAUCAAGAAGUAGAAGACACAGGUGCAGUUGAACAUGUUUUUGAGGUAGUCAUUGAAAGCAUCCAGGGUUUGCCUCAGCUUGAAGACUCAGUAUGGGGAGAGGCGGAUUGUUUCAUUCAAUAUCACUUUCCUCAUCAACAACAUCAAUUACAGCAACAGCAAGAGUUCGGAGGUCUACUCCAAGACAAUAGUCUAACUCUCAGACCUCAUCGUACUCCAACUACUCUAUGUGUUCCUGAUCCUGUAUUCAAUGAUGUAUGCAGACAUAGGAUAGUCUUGGUUCAAGGCACUCCAGUACAAAGGGAACUUCUCACAGCCUGUGCAGGAGUAGGAGGCCAUGCUGGAGGUAUACCAUUUGAGGUUUGGUGUCGAUUCUACUACCCUAACGUUAGGGAUCAAGUCAUUGCUAAGGCUACCCUUCCAUUAGCCAAGCUAUGUGCCAUGGUUACCAUGCAGAGGAGAGGUGAGCCCAGUGUCCAGACAUUCUCAUUGCCCCUUCGUACUCAUCAAGAUGACCAACAGAGGGCAGCAGAUGAAACAGGUGGAAUGCUUCAUGACAGUGGACUAUUAGAUGUAACAGUAAGCUACAGACAGACUGUGAUCCAACACAGAACCAAUCCAUCAAGGGCGAUAGGUGCUACUACUGGGGGUCCUCAUGUAUCCUUAGCACUCACUAUUCACAGAGCUUGUGGUCUCAAGUCUGCAGCAACAUCUCUAGCUCGUCAUGACAACGGGAUGCAGUAUCCUAGUCAGGUUGGAGUCAAUGCAUACAUCAAGAUACAACUAUCAUUCAUGGCUAAGGAUGAGGUGCGUGUAACAAGAACCAUAGCCAGGAGUUUCUGUCCAGAGUUCAACCAUCAUGUAGAGCUUCCAUGCCCCCUCCUCCUAGCUCCCAGGGAGGGGGAAGAUGAUGAGGUGAUGAGUCUAGCUGAGGCAUUAGAAUCUGCUGAUCUCAUCUUACAAGUUUGGCAUCAAGUACCUGGUUUUAGAGCAGGUGAUGGUGAGAGACCACAUCAUAUUGAAGAUGCAUUACUUAGAGGAAGUGGAGGUGGUAUGAGAGGUCAUCGGGUCAUUGCUGACACUGGAGAUAUACUGAUUGGUUCAGCUACUAUCCCACUUGUCAAGCUGUUAGCAAACAGAACUGGUCUUGAAGGUUGGUUUCCCAUCAGUCUACCACCCAUCGGUUGGGACACCACACCCCACCCUAGGCAGCAUGACCCCCUGAGUGACACACCAGAUGACACACCCCAGCCCCACCCUAAGCUGCUUGAAAGGGUGGCAGGAGGGGUGGAGCUAGCGGUCAAGUUUGGACAUCAAGCUGAUCGUGAGAGGGUCAUUGAUGCUGGACGUAAGGUUGGAUGGAGUCCUGAUAGUCUGGUCUUAGAGGAUGCCCAAGAGAUCUGGGAUGAUGGACCCCAGGACCAAGGGUCAUCUAGUUCAUUAUCCUGUGAAGUGACCAUUGAUGUUGAUGGUGCUUGGUUCCCUGUCCAGUCAUCACUCAGACCUGGUCAGUCUCAGCUUGACCCUCACACCAAGGCUUACAUCAGAUAUAAGUUCUACGACAAAGGUGCAGUAUGUUCCAAGCUAUGUUACCUUGAUCAGACAGGAGAUGGGCAACUCUGUGCUGAUCUCAAACACUGUCAUGUUCUUCAUACCAAUCAGUCAUCACCAUUUGCUUGGUACUUACGUGAGGAACAAUUGGAGGUCCAGCUGUGGCUGAGCUACAGUACUGAACUCCAUAAGGAAAGCAAAGCCAGACCUCGGCAUAGAGACAAACUGAUUGGUUGUGCUUACAUUGAUCUUUCUCCUCUAUGUCAUCAAAGGGUCAAGAGGCAUCGGGUCAGUGGUGUGUUUCCUAUGUACAAGCCAGGGUGUGCUGAUAUGGGAGGGGCAUGUCUCAGAGCUCAUGUUACUAUGAGAGUCACAUCAGAACAGAAGCCAGUAACAACUCAUCAGACGGAUCUAUGUAAGAGAAUACUGGAUGAUGAAAGCAUUGAUGAAGAAACACAACCCAAUCAAGACACCAAAGAGAGUGAAGGAGUGCAGGAGAAAGUGAAUGAAGAGGAAGGGGAUAGACAGAAGAAUCAACCAGUUUGGAUGACAGUGAUAGUGGAAAGAGCCAUGCGUCUGAGUGACUUUACUGAUCCAUCAAGGGCUGAAUCCAUUCCUCCAAGCUCAUAUGUAACCUUCCAGUCAGCCAUUGGUCCAUCUCCUGCCAUUACUCCUACCAUACCAAACUCAAACAACCCUCAGUGGAAGUAUAGCAGAGAUGUGGCUAUUAGUCCGCAGCUACUGGAUAAUCAGAGUCUGGUUUUCAAGAUUUGGCACCAGAUCUCAAGCAAGCAAGAUUCAACUUGUGAUCGAGUAUUAGGUUUCACAUCGGUAGAUCUAGGACCCCUGCUGGCAGGUAUAAGGUCUUUAGAUGGCUGGUAUAAUAUCAUGGACUUCUCAGGCCAGACACUGGGACAGAUCAAGAUAUCAAUAACACCAAAGGAAUCUAUAUCACCAUUGAGGCAUUCUCCAAAACAAAGAGCAUUAUUGGGAUCACCAAACAGUUCCAAUCUCUUCAGUCGUGCACCCCUCCCUCCUCCUCACUACCUCCUUCCAUCAUCAUCCUCCAACCAUCCUGUCAGUGGUCUACCAUCCUCUCAUCCUGCAGCAAGGAGUCUAGAUCACUUCCAACAGCAUCUACAAGGGGUCAGGGAGUUCCAUGGUAAACUACAAGAGAGACUCAGAAGUCUUCAUAGAAUGGAGACAGAUACAGGGUCAUCAGAUGGUGGAAUCCAACACACAAUCACUCAGGAUCAUCCAGCGACAAAAACACAACAGAGUGACUACCAAUCUCACCUUGCAGAAAGGACACCAUCAUCAUCAUACCUCUUGGAAAACUUCAGGAAAAACAUGGAAGAAUUAGAUGAGCUUCACCAGCGUCUCAAGACCAAACUUUCAGGAGGAGAGACAUCAUCUCAAAACCCAGCAACUCAUCACCAUGGUAAUGUCGGUAGUGAUGCAGAGAGGAGGCAGAUUUCUGGAGAUGGUGUAGGUGCAAAGCAGGGAGGAGAGUUUAGAACUUUGGAUAAUGUGGUUGACGACCACACAGAGUCUCAUGGGAAUGCCAAUAAUAAUCACCAUCAGCUGCAUCAACAGCAGUAUGAUCAUCAGUAUCAACAUCACCAGCAAUACCGAGAUCAAGAUCAUCUUGAAGGUCAUAGAACUGUCCUCGAUGAUGGAGUAGAGAGAACUGAAUCAAGAGAUGAUGAUGAUAGAACUAGUAACUGGAGCACGGAAGGGUAUCCCUCGGAUGAAGUGUUGCAUGGCCACACCAAUAAAGAUAGAGACAAUCAUCGGGGUAGUGGUAGAGUAAUGAUGGACCUAAAGUAUGAUUAUAGCAAUAGGAGAGAUGAUGGUGAUUAUGGAGAUGGUGGUGGUGGAACACAUCAAUUCUUGGAGGAUGGAGCUGCAGGUGGAGAUUAUGAAGACAGCAUGGUCUAUGUGAGACCACUGAAUGACAUAUCAUCACCAGCCUUCAGUAAUGGUUUCAGUGAUGAUGUCAUAAGCCCACCAUCAUCCAGACUUCGCCCCUUCCUCCCAUCUUCCUCUCAGAGUAAUACCGUUGAGGAUGAGGUACAUUCCCAUAGUGAUGGUCAACACAAAUCUAGAAAUGUAGAUGACCUUUUGACAAACACUGAUAGACUUAGUGGUAGGACUGAUGUAGAGGAAUACUCUAACAACUUUAAUGCCUUGGAAGAUAAUUACCAUGGCAACCAAAUCAGUGAUGGAUUCCAUGAUGGUAGAGGAGGAGUUGAGGAGCAUGAAGAUUUGCAGUCUUAUCAAGGCAUGGACCCCACCCACCAUGCUGGCUCUGAUGGGAUUGACAAGGACAUGGUUGAUGAUAGCCAGGCUGAACAAGAUAAUGUCUUGCAGGGGUAUAGAACUAAUGACCUGCAGAAUUUGGCAACACAAAGUGACCAUACCACCAGUGCAUCAGAUCAUACAGAUGUCACUUCCAACAUGGUAAGGACAAGAUCAUCUACCGGUACCAGCGGUAGUAGCCCUGAUGAUAGAGGGAUGAGAGACAGUAACCAUGACAGUGAUAGUAUUGGUGGGAGAGUAGGAGAUGGUGAUCUUGAUGAUGAUGAUGUUGUGGAGGAUGGCAUUGUUUUGACAUUGAAUGCUCAAGAAGCUGAACUGCAGAGACAGCAACUGGAGUUAGAGGAUGCUGAAAGAGCAGCAGCAGCAGUCAGACAAAAGGAACACCUUACGAACACCAUUAGUAACACACUCCCUGAUUUCUUCUUGCCACCCACUGACCUUGAAGCAUCAAUGAGGGCGCUCUAUAAUACUGUAUCUGGUCCAACGUCUCACGAAUUGAAUGCCAGAGACAGAGCAAAGUUUGAGGCAGCCCAAGAGAUGGCACAACGCCUUGGUUCGGGAGGUCAACAGAGGUCACAAGCCACAACUCGUACUCCGCUGCUGUUCUCCUACAAACAACCUACAGCUGACCAAGCCAAGAGAAUUGCUAAGAUUUUCUCUGCUAAGUUUUAGGGAGGUGAAAUGCUGAUUUUCUGAAUUGAUGAAAUUAAAUGGAUGGUGUUACUUUUCUUCUACCAGGCAGAGAUGAUUACUAUGACAUUAUCUCUACUACGUUAUUAGACCCAGGGCCACAUUGCUAAAAACAUUUUAUCAGAGAAAACUCUUCCCUAUUUUAAACAGGAUUUUUUUUUUCAGUGCUCAAAUCAAUGAUAGAACUCUCUUUUUUUCGAGAUUUUGGGGAUAGAUCUUGAAAAAGGUUGCUGUAUUACUCCUUCAUCUUUUUUUCUUACACAGUAUUCAGUUUGAAAAUGAAGGAUAAAUGAAUUAGAUUAUGAAUUGCUCUCUUUUGACAGCUUAUUUUCAUGCCAAGAAGAAUGUAGUUAGCAUACCCACUAAAAGCCUGCUGUCAUAUUAUUUCUUUGUUUCAUGUGUGAAUGAUUGUAGUCAUCAAAUUAACAACUACUUUAUACAGCAUGAUUAAAGCAAGGGUGACAAACAUUUUGCCCCACCACCUUGUCAUAAUAAUUUUUAUUGGUUUAAUGAGAUGUGAAUGAUGUUUAACAGCUUUUAUCAUUGGAUAUUGCUUCAUAAGCAAGUGUACCUUAGAUGAGAUAAAAUGAAGAUAAAUGGAUCUAAGGAUACUAGUACUGGUUUCUAGAGAUUUCCAGAGCAAUUUUCUCACUGAUUUUAACAGAGAUAUGAAAAAUAUUAGUCUCAUAAUUGCAUCUGUUGGUUGUCAUAAAUCUUUUUGUAAGAUACAUUGUCUUUACGAUCGACUGUUCUUGUGGUAAAUGAUAUUUACCAGAUAUUAACAGGCGUUGAUUUAGUUCCUGAGAAUGGGUCUCCUGUUGUUCAUAAAGUUGCUUGUAACUUAAAGGUCAAGUCCACCUCAGAAAAAUUUUGAUUUGAAUCAAUAGAGAAAAAUCAGACAAGCA